AUGUCGGACAAGCCGGAGCGCAUGACCUGGGACCAUAAAGCGGACCACGAUCUACUCAGCUCCAUCGUCCAAGAAUUGGCUCCUUCGCAGGAACAGCUUCGCGGAGUCAUGCGUCGCAUGCAUGAGCUCGGCUAUUCCUGCACUUUGAAGGCGAUCACGCAGCAUCUCCAGAAGUUGCGCCGUAAGGAUGAGAAAAAAGCUGGUAACGGCGAAGAUGGCGCCUCUUCUGCUGCGACCACUCCUGCUAAGACUCCUCGUCGCCGCGCCGUUGCCGCAGGUUCCGCUCGGAAGGGCGGCUCUGCCAAGCGCAAGGCCUCGGCCGUCGACAAUGACAACUCGGACACUGAGUUCAAGACCCCUUCUAAGCGCGGUCGCAAGGCUAUCAAGAAGGAUACUACCAAGUCUGAGCCUGAGAUUAAAGAGGAGUCUGAGCUGUCCGAGCCAGCUUCUCCGGAGGUCAUGUACGCCGGUUGA